AUGUUACAAUACCAGGCACUUCUCCGAGAACAGGACGAUAUUGAAUUAAAAACAACUAAUCAUCUUAACCCAGCAGAAUUUCUUAGGAGCAGCAGCCAGGAAGAAGGAGGCGAAUUGACGCAUGAUUGCGUGGAAAUCAUUGAACAGGUGUAUGCCAGCCGGAAAGACCUGAAAGACGAGCCUUUGGAAAAUCCGGAAUGGGAACUGUUUACAGAUGGAUCCAGCUUUGUGGAAAACGGAACCAGGUAUGCGGGAUACGCAGUAGUGACUUUGACACAAAUAAUAGAAGCUCGAGCCUUAACCCUGGGAACUUCAGCCCAGAAGGCCGAGAUACAAGCUCUGAAACCAUGCUAUACACCUGAAGAUGAGAAACUUGCUCAAUUUCUCCAGGCCCAGAAGAAUGAAAAAGGAUGGGAGAAAAAGGAGAAGGGACUCCUCAGCAUCAAACACCUGGCUGAGUCCCAUUCAGAAGUCCUGCUCUCUAGACUUCGUGACAUUUGCUUGGCAGUUACCAGCGAGGUGACCAACCUGCGCACAAAGGUGUCCUACUCGGCCAUUGUCACUCUGGGAGAGUUUUUUGUGACCUUGAAGAAGGACAUGGACUCUGAGGUGGAUGAGGUGGCUCGGGUCCUUCUCCAGGUGCUGUGUAACUGCCCAGAGUUUGUUGAGAAAGCAGCCAGUCAGACCCUGGGGAUGAUGGUGGAGAAUGUGACUCCUGCACGAGCAGUGACUGCUCUCCUGGACAGUGGAGUCAGGAGCCGCCACGUGCAGGUGCGGCAGUGUGCGGCCGAACUGCUCCUGUCCCUGAUGGAGAGAAUUGGAGUCACGGAGCUGGCAGGCACAGCCAGGGCUGAGAGGCUGGCGCACGCAGCAGCGACGCUUGCUCAGGACUGUCACAAGGACACAAGGUAAUGAUCUUCUUUCCACCUCCUGAGGCAGGAAAACUGUUUGGUGUCUGUGUGGAAAGGUAAAACCACAAAAGAGUGGAAACUAAAGGAAAUAUUAAGUUACAUCACUGUGUGGAAAAAGGCCAAAGAAUCAUGGAAUAUGCUGAG